GUCUUUUGUACAUGCGUGUAUAAAAAAUAGUAGUCAGCAGCCUUUCGUCCAUUGUGAAAAUAAAAAUACAGCGUAUUGGUUUGUCCGAAAUUAUACUCUCUUUUUUUUUCCUUUUCUUUUUUUCUCGUAGCGAAACAAUCGAUCCCACUCUUCUUCGUCUUCGAUUCAAUUUCUAGGGGUUUUCAUCAUUUCUGGGUAUUAAAUUGGGGUUUGGAGAAAUUUUGCUGCAGAAAAAAUUGGGCGUAAUCUAGGGUUCUGUGAUAAUUAGGGUUCAUCAAAUGAUUGUGGGUUUUAGGGUCAAGUAAAUGGCGGAUCCCUAGUGGAUCCGCUUAAUCUCCUUUGCUCUCCUGUGUCAAAAAGCCUCAGCCUUUGGGAUUCGUUAGUGUUGAAUUGCUUUGUGAAUUAAAGUUAGUUACGGAAAAGCAAUGCUUAGCGUCAUACGAGUGCAUCUACCGUCGGAGAUACCUAUUGUUGGCUGCGAACUUACCCCUUACGUGCUUCUCCGGCGACCGGAUAAGAUCGCCACCACCGACGAUGUCCCUGAGUCAGCCCCGCUUGAAGGCCACUUCUUGAAAUACAGAUGGUAUCGGGUCCAGAGUGAUAAGAAAGUUGCCAUUUGUAGUGUGCAUCCAUCGGAGGUGGCCACGUUGCAGUGUAUGGGCUGUCUAAAGUCAAAGGUUCCGGUCACCAAAAGCUACCACUGUUCAACCAAGUGCUUCUCAGAUGCUUGGCAGCAUCACCGUGUGUUGCACGAGCGUGCCGCUAGUGCUGCCGCGGAAGUAAACGAUGAAGAAGAGCUGCUCCGUCUGAACAGUUCAGGCUCAGGCUCUGGCCUUCUCAGCGCCGCUACUGGCUUAGCAAACGGAGCACCUUCAGUUUAUCCCUCGGUCAUUACCCAAAAGACAGGCGCGGGAGGGGAAACACUUGUGGAGGUUGGACGCUCUAAGACGUACACACCAAUGGCUGACGAUGUUGGCCAUGUUCUGAAGUUUGAGUGUGUAGUGGUCAAUGCCGAGACGAAACAGAACGUGGGCCAUUCUUGUACCAUAUUGACUUCCCGUGUUAUUCCAGCUCCAUCGCCUUCUCCGCGUAGGAUGAUCCCUGUGAGUGGAGCUGAUGUUAUCGGGCACCCGGAUUCUAAUGGCCGAGCUUUGUCCAUGGGAUCAUUCACUGUGCUGUCCUAUAAUAUAUUGGCUGAUACGUAUGCUAGUAGCGAGUUAUACAGCUACUGCCCCACAUGGGCUCUUUCGUGGACAUACCGUAGACAGAAUUUAUUACGGGAGAUUGUUAAGUACCAUGCGGAUAUAGUUUGUCUACAGGAGGUACAGAAUGAUCAUUUUGAUGAGUUUUUCGCUCCUGAGCUGGAUAAGCACGGAUACCAAGCUCUUUUCAAAAGGAAAACAAAUGAGGUUUUCGUCGGUAAUACAAACUCAAUUGAUGGAUGUGCUACUUUUUUCCGAAGAGACAGGUUUUCUCAUGUUAAAAAAUAUGAGGUUGAGUUCAAUAAGGCUGCCCAAUCUCUGACUGAGGCUUUUAUUCCUCUUUCCCAAAAGAAAGUUGCUCUGAAUCGACUGGUUAAGGACAAUGUUGCAUUAAUAGUCGUCCUGGAAGCAAAAUUCGGUAACCAGGCUGCUGAGAUUCCUGGGAAGCGCCAGCUUCUCUGUGUGGCUAACACGCAUGUAAACGUUUCUCAUGAACUGAAGGAUGUAAAGCUCUGGCAGGUUCACACAUUAUUGAAGGGACUAGAGAAAAUAGCUGCCAGUGCAGAUAUUCCAAUGCUUGUGUGUGGAGAUUUCAAUACAAUACCAGCAAGUGCUCCUCAUGCACUUCUUGCUAUGGGGAAGGUUAAUCCUAUGCACCCAGAUUUGGCGGUUGAUCCUCUUGGAAUCUUGCGUCCUCACACCAAGCUAAGCCAUCAGCUGCCAUUGGUUAGUGCUUACUCAGCCUUUGCAAGAAUGGCAGGCAGUGUUACUGCUGAGCAGCAAAGAAGAAGAAUGGAUCCUGCUUCAAAUGAACCGUUGUUUACCAACUACACCAGGGACUUUUUAGGCACACUUGAUUACAUAUUUUACACAGCGGAUACGCUAACAGUGGAAUCGUUAUUGGAACUGCUGGAUGAAGAGAGCUUGAGGAAGGACACGGCUCUCCCAUCUCCAGAAUGGUCUUCUGAUCACAUUGCACUCUUGGCUGAGUUUCGCUGCAUGCCGAAGGCCAGACGCUGAUGCUGCAAACUCACUGAUGAAGCAUAUAUUUUAAUGGAGGUACCAUAAGCUGUAACCGGUACGUUAAAGAUGGUCCAGAUGGAGAUGAUUAAGCUACAUGAGGUAGAUCCCGUGGCCAUGUACUCCCAGGGUUUUCUCCUUCUGGGAUCUUCUUCGCUUGCGUUCUACUCUAUAUCAUAGUUAUUUCCUUUCCCCUCACUGUAACAAGUAUGAUCACUUUGUUGUUCGUUGUUUUUCUUCUUAUAGUUAUUCCUCUGUGCGGGUAGAUUUUUUCCUUUCAUGGCUUGUCAUUAUAACAAUGUAAACUUUCGAUUCUUCAAGAAAAUAGUGGCUUCAGUUUAUAGUCACUUCACUUGAGGACAAAAUCUGUCUGUAGCUC